AUGGCACGAACCAAACAACGCUCACGCCUUCCACGCAAUCCGCGCAUCCCCAAAGAUCCACCGUCUCAUCCCAAACGAGAAUAUGCCUUCAAGGAAGAACGAAAUCGUCUUUUAAAACGAAAACUAAAUCAAGUCCAUUCCGAUCAUCAUCAUCCGAAUGCAUUAGCAUUGACAAGUCUUUGCGAUCUCGAAAUUUUGACUCUUGAUAACUCGGCCGAGACUCGAGUUAUUAUUUCUGAAAAUCAUAAUGAUGAUAUGAUGAUUGCAAGUAGUACCACAUCAGUGAAAAGUAGAGAACUUUUUCAAUGGUUACAUUUGAAAUUAUCAUCUCAUAAAUGUACUGCUGCAUGUUUUAGACACAUUCCAAAGAUUGAUUUUGAGAAUAUUAUUGGAACAAUAUUGGAAAAUCCGACUAAAGUUAUUGAAACAGGUCGAACUGAGAAGAAUAUUUAUAGUGUGUGUGAUGAAGCGUGUGAUGAAGAGGAUCGACAAAUGGCUUUUGAUAUUUUAAAGGAAUUUGAACAAGAUUGUGAACAGUUUGAUUUGGUGGAACGAUCACUGAAAAGUACGAGCAACAACCCUUAUGGAUUUGGAACGAGUUGUGAAUAUCACUUCUAUGAAUAUCGCUAUUGUGGAAAAGUGUGUUAUUAUUUGAGAGAAGAGCAGUUCGACAUGUGUUUAUUAUUAAUGAAUAGAGAUGAAUUUUUGUAUUUGGGUCAACAGGGAGCUCAUGCUUUUUAUGGAUUACCACAUUUUUCGUAUGUGAAUUCAGACGGAAGCUCACCCAAUGUUUAUGAAGAAUGGAAAGAUAAUUUUUCAUUUGAUGACGAAAACCAAGUUCUGGAACUUGGCAAAUUAUUGUCGCAAGUGCAUGAAUUUUUGACAGGUGUCACGGCGAACGACUAUCAUUGA